ACGGACCAUUGGACAAGUUAGUUUUCAGCCCUAAUGGGAUAUUCUACCCAUUUUGGGGUUUCUGAACAAUGGGAUGGGAACGCUGUGUCUGUCUGAUGAGCAGUAAUCGACUUCACCCCUUGUCUUCUCCACCUGCUGCUAUUGGCUGAGCUGUUUGUCCAUUCAUCAUCAUAUCCCACCUCUCGCUCUCCUCUGUGUAGCAUGUUAAGAUCAAUGAUCCAUCAGGUGGAAACCUUGGCAAAAUCAUCCGGAGAGUUCCAUGACUUGACAGGUGAAGUACUCAAACAUUUGGAGGUUUCGGAAAACAGACUGGGGGGUCUUCCUGACAUUAAUCUCACUGCAGCUCAUUUUGACUCACUGAAGGUGAAUGAGUCACUCUCCCAGUUGUUCAUAUACACUCAGUCCUUCAGGCUGCAUGUUGAUUGGUUGAAAACAGCCAAAGAAAACAUCAGUGUGUCCUCCCAGCAAGUAAAGAAGGCUAGCAGUCACCUCCUGAUGCUGUCCUCCUUCCUGAAUGCUUCUCUUCACCAGCUAAGUGAAGAGGUUCAUCCUUUGGAGUCUCCCUCCCUCCCUGAGGUCUCCACGCCCUUCGAUGAGCUUCAGUUCUCUGUUGAGAUCUCUAAACGGCUAAAAAUGUUUUGCAACUGGUCAAAAAGGGUUUUGUUGACUCUCCAGAGGCUAUCCAGUUGCUCUCGACAUUAAGCCUCAGCACAUAAGCAAAUGCAAACAUUGUUAACUACUAGGAUUUUUAUCCAGUGAGGAAUUUUAGACAUGAAAAUGCCAAGUCAGUUGGUUUCCAACUUUGGUCCAGAAUUAUAAAUCUCAACAACUAUUGAAUGUAUUGAAUUAGCAUUUACAAGAGAUGGUUAUGGUGCCUAGAGGAUGCAUUGAAAUUACUUUUUUGAUCCUCUGACUUUCCGGUAGAAUCAAAUUCCACCUAUCCAGUGAAAUAUUUCCAUGUCCACAGGAUGGUUUGGCACAAAUGUGAUACAUACAUUCACAAGAUAAAUCCUAUUGGCUUUAGUGAUGAUGGCAAUUCAUUGACUGAGACCUUUCCAUCAAACUAAAAUCCCACCAUUAGGUUUACACAUGCGGUUUUUAAAGAUAUCCAUGCCAUGACAUUUAGAAUUCACUUACCUCUCAAGGGGAUUUGUUUCGCUUUAAUGAUCUUUUACUCCACCACUUCGUCAAAAUUGUAAUUAGUCCAAAAUCUAAGUUUUCCAGGAGUCAUAUAGUCGCAGGGUUAAAACUGUUUUGAUGCCAAUGUAGCUACAUGUUGAGUUCUGCAAUUCAGCUGUAAAACAGAAUGUAUGUUUUUAAGAAAGUAUGAGUAUGUUUCGUUGUACAUGUUUCUGUUUAAAAUGUGCCCUACUAAAGCACUGUGCAGGGCACUCCUGUGGCCCUUUGAGACUGUUUACAUUCACAGUGCCUGCUAAAUGUUGGUCUACUCAAUGAAAUGAAUGCAGAGAAAAAUUGUGAAAAAAUUAAUAUUUUUAUACUGUUGUUUUUUAAUCUAUUUAGUCUGCUAUUUAUAAGCUUUUUAUAUUAAAUGACAUCGUAAGAUGCAGGCAUCUGACUUUUGUCUAUUGGUUAUCUAUUAUGUAUUAUUUAAUAAUAUUAUUAAUAAAGUAUUGUCAGACUAAUUAAUCGUAUGACAUUAUUAUUUAUACAUUUUGUAUGUUUUCUUUUUGUAAGUUUAGUCUUCAAUAAAGUUUUACACUUGAAACAGC